UGAUAUAAUAUUGAUGAAAGAUAUAAGUUAUAGCUUGGGGUUUUUCUACAGAAAUGUUGUUCCAGGGUCAACAAGGAACACAGGAAAAUCCCUCACUUGGCAAAAUCUGCUCGAGCCGGUUGUUAGUGGAAAUUAUCGGUAGACGGUGCUGUUUUCGUGGAUUUCAUUGAGCGCUGUUUGUCGUGAGGAUUUGCAGUAGAUUCAUCCAUGAUGGCGGAGGACAGCGAGUCCGCGGCCAGCCAGCAGAGCCUGGAGCUGGACGACCAGGACACCUGCGGCAUCGAUGGAGACAACGAGGAGGAGAACGAGUACAUGCAGGGGAGUCCUGGAGGAGAUCUCGGUGCAAAGAAGAAGAAAAAGAAACAGAAGAGGAAGAAGGAGAAGCCAAGCUCAGGAGGAACCAAGUCUGAUUCUGCCUCUGAUUCUCAGGAGAUAAAGAACCCUGCCAUCCCCAUGCAGAAACUGCAGGACAUUCAGAGAGCUAUGGAGCUCCUGUCCACUUGUCAAGGUCCAGCCAAAAACAUAGACGAGGCCACAAAGCACAAGUACCAGUUCUGGGACACUCAGCCUGUGCCCAAACUUAAUGAGGUGGUGACAACUCAUGGGCCAAUCGAACCAGAUAAAGAAAAUAUCAGACAAGAGCCAUAUUCCCUCCCACAGGGAUUUAUGUGGGACACAUUGGACCUCAGCAAUGCUGAAGUGCUGAAAGAGCUGUACACUUUGCUGAAUGAAAAUUAUGUUGAGGAUGAUGACAACAUGUUUAGAUUUGACUAUUCUCCCAACUUUCUGAAAUGGGCGUUACGUCCUCCGGGUUGGCUGCCCCAUUGGCACUGUGGUGUCAGGGUUUCCUCCAAUAAAAAGCUUGUUGGGUUCAUCAGUGCCAUUCCUGCUGACAUCCACAUCUAUGACACGUUGAAGAAGAUGGUGGAGAUAAACUUCUUGUGUGUGCAUAAGAAAUUACGCUCGAAGCGCGUCGCUCCGGUGUUGAUCCGAGAGAUCACGCGGCGGGUCAAUUUAGAAGGAAUUUUCCAGGCUGUGUACACUGCUGGUGUGGUGCUGCCCAAACCCGUGUCCACAUGCAGAUACUGGCAUCGCUCUCUUAACCCCAGAAAACUUGUAGAGGUAAAGUUCUCUCACCUCAGCAGAAACAUGACACUACAGCGAACAAUGAAACUCUACAGAUUACCUGAUAGUACUCGUACUCCUGGUUUGAGGGUGAUGGGAGAGGGAGAUGUGAAGCAGGUGACGGCACUGCUGCAGAAACACCUGAGCAAGUUUCACCUGAGACCUGUUAUGGGUGAAGAGGAGGUGAAGCAUUGGUUCCUACCACAGGAGAACAUCAUUGACACUUUUGUAGUGGAGGGAUCUGGUGGGCUGCUUACAGACUUCAUCAGUUUCUACACUCUGCCAUCUACGGUGAUGCAUCAUCCUCUGCACAAAAGCCUCAAGGCCGCUUAUUCCUUUUACAAUGUCCAUACAGAGACGCCGCUCAUAGACCUGAUGAACGACGCUCUCAUCCUAGCCAAACUGAAAGGUUUCGAUGUUUUUAAUGCACUGGAUCUAAUGGACAAUAAGACUUUCUUGGAAAAGCUCAAGUUUGGGAUUGGAGAUGGUAACCUGCAGUAUUAUCUCUAUAACUGGAAAUGUCCCCCCAUGGACCCAGAGAAAGUUGGCCUUGUUUUACAGUAACUGGCUGCUUCACUUUGGAUGCAGACUGACUUAAAGAGAAUGUGAGAAACAUUAUCAACGUCAAACACAUCCACAAGCUGUAUACACACAUGUAUUUCCCUGAACAUCCAAACUGUAUCCUCUCACAGACAUGUUUUGGUUUUGUUCAUUUGUUUUGUAUUAUGAAGGUGCGUCGAUAAAUUCGUGUGAAUUAGCAAGCUGUACAUUUAAUGCCAGAUAUUUAUUACGUAUUGUGUGGUUUACAAUGGACCAGGACGGUGGGUUGAAAUCCAAAGUCUUUUUUAUGGAGCUGCCUUUGAAGUCGUAUGCCGUUUGGAGUUCCUGCUGUCUGUGUGAAAGCAAGUUUAUGUUACACGUGUGGAAGAAUGUACUGCGUUUUGAAGCACAUCAUCGUGUUUAUAAAGGGCCAGAAAGCUCUGAGGUGCAUUUUUAAGAUUUUUGCUGAAGAAAAUGUUUUGUGUGUAGAAUUUUGAAUGUGAAUUCAUUUCAGUUUCCUUUCAUGAAGAUAUUGUUACACAUUACCCUUAUCCCCAUUUAAUUUUAUUUAGUGCUUUUAAAUUAUUAUUUUAGAACAACAAUUCUGACAUUUAGAAUUGUAUUUAAGUUACAUGUUUCUCUUUUUUCUUUAUUCUGUCAGUAUUCUUUGCAGAGACCACAACCUCAUUCGAUGGUUUGUUUGCUAUAAAGCCCUGGUGAUUUUCCUGUAUUUAAGCACAAGGAGAGAAGAACAAUCGUCUAUGUUGUUAUUUUGUUAAAAUUGGCAACGCAGCCAUGAAACUUGCUUGCUGUUCAGUUGGCUGUCUGUUACAAUCACUGUUAGGGUGAAGCAUAUGUGAACAAUUUUUAUUAUAUUAGCAAAAAAUGAUUUUGUGUUACUACAGCUUGUCUCGGUUUGCUUUUAUGUAUUUAAAUCAACAAUAUGCUUUUAAAUAAGAGCACGUCCGAACAUGCUUAAAAGAAAGGUACUCCUCUCAGAAGUCCCACAUUUCAACUUUAUUUCAAUCUGUAGUUUGUUCAGUAAUAUCCAGGGCACUUUGUGAAUGUCAGUUUCAGUAAGUUUUUCUAAGGCUUGCUGUAUGAAAUGAGCAUGAUCUAAUUUUUGUCAAUCCAUAAACCCAAAACCGGGCUUUGGUGAGAACACCCAGAGUACUUGCCUUAUUUAAGAGAGGUUUUUUUAAUGUCAAAUGUGUAGUUUUAAAUGAUCAGCUUUCUCUUUCUGAAACAGUAUUUUUAUUGGAUUCCAUUGCAGGUUGUUUAAAGAACUGAUAUGGGAAUAAGUACCAGCACCAUGACAAAUCACCCAAAUAUCUUAAUUGUCAAAAAUAUACAUCAAGGUAUACCAGCAUGGAUAUUUGACUGAAUAAAAGCAUCUACAAUUUAAAA